AUAAAAACUAACUGUAUAACUUUGACUGAUAACAAAUGCUAUAUGCACCGUUUAAUCAUUUAUCUAUUUAUGCUAACAUACUUUGUAGUUAGGAUACGCCUCUGAAUGUUAACAGCGACGAUAAAUUUUGAGGCACGAAGUUGUGAGUGGUUAUUUCACCGCAAGAAGAAGUAUUAGAUCGCAGCUGCAGAUUGCGGUGAGCACACCAAGAAGAUAUUAUGAUUGGACUAGGAUAAGUAAAAAAAAAACUAACAGAGAAUCAGGUACAUAUACAAAGAAGCCGGCAUAAAAUCAACUGUUACGACACAAAAUGUUUAUGUUAAUCUUGCAUAUAACAUGCCUUGUGGGCGUGGCGACAUGCGCGAAGUACCCGUAUGAUGAACAGAUGCAGACGACAGUAGAGGACAUGGAGGACAACCGAUUUCUUGUCAUCAAAUUUAUCGACGGACUAUUUUUGUAUGCGGAGGAAUCGGUUUCGUAUCUAGAUAAAAAUUUAGUGACAAUAAUAUUGCAUUUGGACACAUGUAUACAAUUUAUCAUAGACUCUAUUUCUACGAUUGUUGAUAUAUUAAUACGGCAGCCAGCAACUCUAGUUAAUUACAUUUUGUAUGCCAUUUCAUGGACUAUAGAUUUUCUAGUUUACCUUUUACUAGAUAUGGCAUAUCACUACUUAAUUAAAGGGAUAUUCUUGUGUGUGAAAUGGAUUGUGAUAUAUUUAUUAACUUUUGUUACUAAUUUCAUAUUUUAUAGUUUGCUCACAGUUGUAUAUUUAUCAAAAUCAAUUGUUUUGUCUUAUUUCUUUAUAUUUACAUCAAUUUUUGUAUAUUUUGUUACGCCAUUAUUUCAGUCAGUCUUUUGGGUUCUUUCAUUUCUUGCUGUUAGUUUUUGUACAGUAUGGGUUGUUUUUGAAAUGUUUGAGAAAUUUAAAGAUGCCAGAGGAGGUGGAGAUACCGACAUUUUGUUUUUUAUUUUACUAUUGUUACCAUUUGCUUAUGUCUUAUAUAGUAUGUGGUUUAUAUUAUGUUCAUUUAUUUUUAAUUUUAUUUGUUAUCCAUUAAUGCUACUGUUAUAUAGCUGUAUUGUCGGAUUAUUUACAUUUUUCAUAAGUGGACAAAUAUACGAAAAAUGUCAGCAGUACGCCACCGCCUUUGAUAAAGACAAAAUGUUCAAAGCACUGGACACCGGUUUUGUUCAACCUUUGUUCAGAGCGCUAGGAGCUAAUGCAGCUAGUGCGCUAAGGGAAAGAUUCAGCCAAUCAGAUGAAGUUGACAUUUCAGAGAACGUUGAUUUAGAGUGUAUAGUCUGUUUCGAGGAGACGCUCUUGGUGAAACUGUUUCCAUGUAAACAUAAAAUAAUGUGUUAUAAUUGCUUAAUACGCAUUUUAGAAAGUGACUAUAGGUGUCCAGUUUGUAGAGAAACUAUCAGAUAUUAUCAGUCGAGCGAUCAUUAAUAAGACUCCAGAAUAAAUUAGAUCACAUAUGAGAUACAAGUAUAACUUGAACUUGUAAUUUUGGAAAUUAUCAGUGAAUGUCUAUUUUAUCAAAAUUCUUUAGAUUUAAGCACACUACUUAUACUUAUCUAUUAAAGAUGCAUGUCACUAGAUGAGUGAAAAUAUUUUGAUAACAUCAAACCCGAGAAAAAUGUACAAAGAUUUUAGGAAAAGUAAAAAGAUUCAAGAUUUUUUUUUAAAGUAAUAAUGUACAUGUUGUGUGCUAUUAAUGAUUGAUUUUUCAGUAUUUAUAACCAGUAUUUCUACUUCGUUACUGAUGCAGUAAAUGCUAUUUAAAAAAAAAAAAUUACCUUAUUUUGGUAAUGUACAUAGGCUGUGAGUGCUGUUUGUAAUGAGUAAAUUGCUUCCUUUUGGUUUCUUAUAUAUUUUACUUUUAAAAUAAUACCAAAAUUUUCAUGGAAACUAUCAUGAAUAUCCAUGGAGGCGUGCUACUUAAAGAGCAUGUUGGGAAACAAUUAUUGAAGAAACUUCCAUACAAAAUAGUCAGUCACUAAAUGUACCAUUUGCCAACAGAGCAAAAUAAGAUAGUUUAUGUAUGUGGCAAUAUUUAAAGAGUUUUUUUUAAUUCUUGAAAAACUGUAAGAUACCAAUAAAAAUAGUAAAAUGAGAAGUGAAAAUUGUAGCAUUUUCAAGCGAUAAUGGGCCCUUUACCUAAGAAUAGGAAACGUCGUUUGCGGCUUUAUCUUAGUUAAAACAAAUGAGGUUUUCAGUUUUUGGGGGGGAAAAUGAUAAAAUAAAAAAAUAGAUACAAUAGAUAAAUAAAUAAGUAACAAUCAGUUUUGGUGUGAUUGUUAAAAUACAUGACUUGUCAAGUUUUUAUAUUGUAAAAUCUUUAUUUGUUUUCAAAUUGUGUAGUACAUAAUUAUAUACAUGUACGUACAAAUAUUGAGCCUGCAUCAUAAUAUUUGAUAAAUAAAGUCAUUGUAUGUUUAUUUUCAAAGAAAAUGCUCAAUAUAAUAUGUAGACAAUGAAGGUAAUCUGCUAUUUUACAAAUUUAUUCAUUUGUGCUGUUAUAUUGUUAAUUUUAAAUAUUUAUAGAUGUUCAGUUAUUCUGAGAAGUAUUAUUUGUGAACACUGAUUUGUUCUGGAAAUUGACUGUAAAAUAUAUCAUUGUAAGUAAGGAAACGGUAUGUAUACUAUUUUGGCGUGAAACAGGAAUACAAAUCUGCAUACUCUGGCUUAUAUUUUUAAUUAU